ACUUCUACACCUUCCAUUUUUAAACCCUAAACAUCUCCUCCUUCAAGAUUCACUAGCUUAAGGAACAGGACUUAGAGAAGAAACAAAAUGAGAACCAUUAGAACCCUUAGCUCCACCGCACUUCCCCCUUCCUCCACCUUGCAAGAGCGCUCUCCAUGGCACUCUCCAGUCCCAUACCUCUUUGGAGGUCUGGCAGCUAUGUUGGGUUUGAUCGCUUUUGCCUUGUUGAUCUUAGCUUGCUCUUAUUGGAGACUAGCUGGUAGUUUAGAUGAUAGUGAAGGUGGUGAGCAGAGAGAUCUUGAAAGUGGUAAUGAAAAAGAGGGCGAUGCUGCAAAGUCAGGGAAGAUUUUUGAGGAGAAGAUUUUAGUGAUAAUGGCUGGUGAUCAUAAGCCAACGUUCUUGGCCACCCCAGUGUCCAGCAGAGCUUCCUCUAUUGGCGACAAAAAUGCAAAGAUUCAAAACAAAGAGGAAGAGAAACCAGAAAAUGGUGAUAAAACAAAAGGGGAAAUUGGUAACCAUGUUCAAACUUCAUUAGCAGAAGCAUCAGAACAAGGUCAAGAACAAUACCCCUGAGCUUCUGCUCUGUUUCUUUUAUCCCCUUUCUCUCUGGAGAGUGCCUUCCAGAAUCCAAGAGUUCUCUUCUUUCAGUCUUUUUCUCGUUUUCCUUUAUUGGGUUUUCGGUUUUCACCGGGAAGUGUAAAUUUUGAUCUGCUGAGGUUAAACAGAUAUGAGCAUGAGAGAGUUUUCAGUUUACUUUCUAGCUAAUUUUCAGAGAAAAAUCAUAUGAAUUUUUGGAAUUUU